GUAUAAAUAUGGGUGGUUUGGACUCUUUCGUUAAGGUGGGACAGAAAUUCCUGCCUCCUCCCGGAGUUCUCUUUAUCACUCAUCUGCUCUAUAUAACAUUGAGUAUCAUCCUGUUCUUCAUAGAAGACCUUGUCCACGAAGAGCAUAGCACCUGUAGACUCUGGAUCCAAUGGCUCUUGCUCGGUGUUGCGAUUUUUAUGACUGUUUUGGUGGGUCUAGCCAAGUACAAACAAAAGAACGACAUUAUUGCAACCAUCAUCUCUUUCCUCCUGUUCUUCGCCACGAUCAUCGGUCUCCAGGCCUAUCCAUUCGGUUGCAGUAAUUGGGUGAGCUGGGGUAGCCAUCACUGGGUCUACUACAUCGUAAGAGGAGCCAUCUGCAUUCCUCUCGCUAUCGUCUACACUUUCCUCUGCAAGGAUGAUCUCCUCUCACUCAAGCCUAAAUAAGCACCAAACCUUCAAAUGAGUUUAUGCCUCAUUACCUUCUAUUCAAUGAGCCUCAAACCUCAGAGAUUAAGUCUCCUUCCCUUUAGGUUUUAGUUUUUCGGAGGCGCAAAGCUGGGAUAAGAGUGGUCUAAUUAAUGUAUUGGUGUGGACUUGAUUUAGAUAUGCCACUUUUAUUGUUGAUAUUUAGUAGUAGUUUUAUUGUUGAUAUUUAGAAUUAGAAACGAUCGAUAUUAUUGCAGAAUAACCAAAUGUUUCUUUAUUAAUCUUUUUAAAAUGAAUACCAUGAAAUGAAUGGAUAAUCUUUCAAACUCUUAUAUCAUAGACAUAAGAAACAAUCCAUAUCUUGAAUUAAAAGGUCAGGAACUGAAAAGAUGGGAAUUUACACAAAAUUUAUUCCAAUUUAUUAUCAAACAAACAAAAUAAUCUGAUUGAGUCGUGUAUAAUUAUUAAGUCUCAUAUUUUGAUGCUUCUUUCAUACAAAUUUCUGUUUGUUUCUGAAUAGACUCUGUGCAGACAGUUUCUAAUUUAUUUCAAU